UGAGGAGGUUCAACUCUAGAGAGAGAGAGAGAGAGGUUUAAGGGAGGUUUUAGUUUAGGUCUACCAACUGGUUGUUAGAGACUACUCUCCUUAACCAAACAUCAUCAUCAACAACAGCUAGGUAUAAGAUAUUCCCUCUUCUAGUGAGAGAAACAGAUAUUUUUAGAGAUAGAGAAACAAAAAGAGGCCAAGAAAAAACAAAGAUAGAAAGGGAAGUCCAUUGAAGCAACAUCAGAUAAUAGCUACAAAACAUAUAUAUAUUGUGUAUAUAUAUAUAUAUAGAGAGAGAGAGAGAGAGAGUGGAUGAGAGAGAAAUAUCUUGAAAGUGAAAUUCAGUUCUUCUUUUUGCUUUUUCUUGACAAAGGAUGUUCAUACACAUACAUAAACUUAAAAAGGAGUUAUGAUUUUUUUUUGAUAUUUUGAUUCAUUGAUGAAGGAAUGAUACAACAACAACAUCAUCAUCAUUAUCAAAAUAUUCAUUAAAAUCUCAGAACUGAAACCACUUGUCUCUCUCUCUCUUACUUUCAAUGCUGAGCACUACUACUGUUCUCUGAAUUCCGGGCAGUUCGGGCAGCUCCAUAGUUAUUGUGAUUUUGAAUUCCAAGACUCUAUGAAAAUCUGGUCUUGGGAUCAUCCUUGUGCAUAAUUUGUUCCCCACAACCACACAUCCAUGACAUAAUUUCAGAAAGUUAAAUAGAAAGACUUGAAGAAAUGUCAUCUUACAUAAGAAGUUCAGAAAAUGCAAGAGAUUCAACUCCAAUGCUCUACUUAAGAGAACCUCUACAGCAAUCAUACUCAUCGGAACCACCCAUUCUCGCCGGAAACAACGAGAUGAUGUAUAUGAACUACUCAUCAACUUCAGCCGGAGAGUUUUCCGGUUCACUCGCUGGAAACUCCCAGCAGCUCAACAGCUGCAUUGACAUUCCAAACAUAGGAGUUCACGAUUCCAACGUUGUAUCGCAUCAAGAACUCCUCUCGAGCAUUGGCGAACCAUGGAGAGACGGUAGGAAUCAUGGAAUGAUGUUAAUGGAUCAAAUGGGUAGUCGAAAUUCGCAAGGACAAGGACUAUCACUGAGUCUGGGUUCGCAUAUUCAACCGGCCGGAAUCCAAUUCCAUUCCGGUGAUUACAGGAAUCCCAACAUGGGGUUCUCUUCGUUUUUGAGUGCGGAUUCCGACUCUAUCAAAACAGAUGUUUCUAAUUCUCCCUAUGGAAUGGGAAACGGGUCGAGGGGGAUUACGGAUUCGAAGUACUUAAAAGCGGCACAGCAACUGCUUGAUGAGAUUGUUAAUGUUGGUAAAGCUUUGAAACAGCAUAAUGCUAGGAAAGAAGCGAUGGAUUGUUCGAAAGAGAUCGAUAGUGAAGCGAAGAAUGUAGCGUCGUCGAAUCAACAAGAAGCGAACGAACUCUCGGCUGCUGAAAAACAGGAUUUGCAGAACAAGAUGAUGAAGUUGAUUUCUAUGCUGGAAGAGGUUGACAGAAGGUACAAGCAAUACUAUCAUCAAAUGCAGAUUGUUGUAUCGGCAUUUGAUGUGAUCGCGGGAUGUGGGGCUGCUAAGCCCUACACAGCACUCGCGCUGCAAACGAUUUCACGCCAUUUCCGUUGUUUGAGAGACGCGAUAAAUGGUCAAAUAAAAGCGACUCAUAGAAGUCUCGGGGAGGCUGAUUCUACCGCAAAUGAGAAAGGAGUCGGGAUUUCCAGGCUUCGGUUUGUGGAUCAACAGCUAAGGCAACAACGAGCACUUCAGCAGCUCGGGAUGAUGCAACAACAUACUUGGAGACCACAACGAGGCCUUCCUGAAACCUCUGUGUCGAUUCUUCGUGCUUGGUUGUUUGAGCACUUUCUUCAUCCGUAUCCUAAAGAUUCAGACAAGACCAUGCUAGCAAGACAAACUGGGUUGACCAGGAGUCAGGUCUCAAACUGGUUUAUAAACGCAAGAGUUCGUUUAUGGAAGCCAAUGGUGGAAGAAAUGUACAAAGAGGAAGCUGGAGAUCCAGAAAUAGAAUCAAAUUCUUCAUCAGAAAUCGCACCCAAAACCACGAAAGGCGAUCGAAAGACUUCUGUUGACCAAGAAGAUCUGAACCAAAGCACUGCAGCCUCUGGAUUCGACUCGAAUCAAGCUCCUAAUGUUGAAUUAAUAGGAACCAGCAAUGACUCAGAUUUCCAACACAUGAUGGUUCAGUCUAACAGAGGUGAACACGAGCGGCUUAUGGCGGCAGCAUAUCAGAUGCCACCACAGUUAGUAUCGCUUACACUCGGGUUACAACACUCUGAAGAUGGCGGCUUACCACCAAUGGCUUCUCAUGGAAAAGGUGACGGUGACAGUGGUUCGUCAGUGGGGCAAGAGGCAGUCGAUUUUGACGGUGUGAGUUCAGAUAACCAACAACAACGUUAUGGAUCUUCUCACUUGUUACAUGAUUUUGUAGCAUGAGAGAACACUGGCGGGUGGCUUUAUUCGAAUCAUCAAAUGAACAUUUUGUUAAACUUCUUGAUUUAUUAUCAAGUAGUGUGAAGAAAACAGGACGCGAAACAGAAACUAAAUGUAUAACUGUAAAGAUAAGAUGCAUAUAACUUCUUUACCAUAAUAUUUCAAAUUUGCCAUUUA